UCGCUCUGCUGCCUCACCACUCCUCACUGUUCGGAUUGUCGGGGCCAUCUGCGCACGCGCACCUUCAUCAUGGCUGACGAAAUCGUCAUCGACAACCAGCUUUUUCAUGACCGCCUGGGUUCUUUCAUCACGAAAUGGAAGGCGGAGAAGCGGUCGGGCAACGCGACCUUUGCUGAUGUUGGCUCAAUUGUCGUCUUGGUUGGCAAGGCGGGUGAGCCGGGAUUCUACCACAAGCCAACAGCUUUCCAGUUAUGGCUGUUAGGCUACGAAUUCCCUACGACCCUGUUUGUCCUCACCCCAGAUAUCCUUCGGAUCGUCACGACCAAGAAGAAGGCGUCCUACUUAGAACCCCUCAAAGGCGGCAAGACAGCUGUGGAGAUAUACGUGCGAGGGAAAGAUGCGGACGCGAACGCCAAGCAGUUCCAAGACUGCCUUGAGCUGAUAAAAACCUCUGGUAAGAAAGUCGGCGUCAUGACCAAGGACAAUGCAACCGGUCCAUUUGCCGAAGAAUGGAAAACUGCGCUCGAAGGAAUAUCUAAAGAUGUUGAACAGGUGGACCUGGGCCUCAUCCUCUCGAAUGCUGCCUUGGCUGUCAAAGACGAAAAAGAACUGCGAACGAUCCGCGAUGCCUCACGAGCCUCUAGUCACCUUAUGGCCAACUACUUCGUCGAGGAGAUGUCGGAAAUUCUCGAUUCAGAGAAGAAGAUAUCCCACAAGGCUUUUUCGGACAAGAUUACUGCAAAGUUGGACGACUCCAAGUUCUUCCAGAAAAUCAAGGUCUCCAGCAGUUUCGAUCCCAUGAAUUUGGAUUUCGGUCUCAUGCCGGUGGUACAAAGUGGCGGAAACUACGACUUGAAAUUCUUAUCAGAGCCAAAUGACCACAAUCUACAUACUGGAGUUAUUGUGUCCGCUCUUGGUCUACGGUACUCGUCCUACAUGUCCUUGAUAGGCCGAACGUACAUGGUGGACCCAAACAAAGCGCAGGAAAACUCCUACAAGCUCCUUUUGUCCAUACACGAGCUGGUCUUACACUCGAUUAAGGACGGAGUCGUUGCCAAGGACAUUUACAACAAGGCACUGAACCUCCUCAAGUCGAAGAAGCCUGAUCUAGAGAAAAACUUCUUCAAGAAUGUGGGCUAUGGUAUCGGAAUCGAAAACAAGGACAACACUCUUCUCCUCUCUAGUAAAAACACCAGAACUCUGAAAGACGGCAUGACUUUCUGCGUCACGACCGGCUUCAACGAUCUCAAGAAUCCGGAUCCUCAAGACAAGAAGAGUAACGUUUACUCUCUGGUUCUCAUGGAUACCGUGCGGGUCACUGCCACUGAUGCAGCUGUUUUCACCAAGGAUGCACCUUCAGACCUGGAAUCCGUGUCGUUCUUCUUCAACGAUGAAGAGCCCGAAGCGAAACCCAAACCUAAGCGGGAUUCUCGUAUUGGGGCAGUCGCUCAAAAGAACGUCACGAAGACGCGACUUCGUGCUGAGCGCUCAACAAAUCAAGAUGCCGAAAAAGAGAAGCAGCGUCGGGAGCAUCAGAAGGAGCUUCACGCGAAAAAGCAAAAGGAAGGCCUAGCUCUGUAUGGCAAGGGCGCUGGUGCUUUAAACGGCACGGAAGAGAAAAAGUUCAAACGAUUCGAGUCAUAUAAACGCGACGGUCAACUUCCUACCAGCGUUAAGGAUCUAGCCAUUCAUGUGGAUCGGAAAAACUUUACUAUUCUUCUUCCAAUCAUGGGUCGACCGGUCCCGUUCCACAUCAACACCAUAAAAAAUGCUUCGACGACUAGUGAAGGCGACUUCAUAGCGUUGAGAAUUAACUUUCUAUCUCCGGGACAAGGUGUUGGGCGAAAAGAUGAUCAGCCCUUCGAAGACCCUACUGCUCACUUCAUCCGGAGUCUAACUUUCCGUUCUCGAGAUCUUGAUCGUAUCGAGGAUAUCGCCAAGGCAAUCACUGAAUUGAAGAAGGAUGUUGUGCGACGUGAACAGGAAAAGAAACAGAUGGAAGAUGUCGUCGAGCAGGACAAGCUGGUAACACUGAAGAAUCGCAAACCUUACAAUCUCGACAUGAUCUUCCUACGCCCUCCACUCGACGGCAAGCGUGUUCCUGGCACCAUCGCCAUCCAUCAGAAUGGUCUCCGUUAUGUCCAUGGCGGAAAUAUGGGCCAAACUGUCGAUGUUCUAUUCUCGAACAUCAAGCAUCUUUUCUUCCAACCGUGUCAACACGAGCUAAUCGUCAUCAUCCACAUUCAUCUCAAGAACCCACUUAUGAUUGGAAAGAAGAAGGCUCGAGAUAUCCAAUUCUUCCGCGAAGCAACAGAAAUGGCCUUCGAUGAGACUGGAAACCGCAAGCGACGGCACAAGUUCGGCGAUGAGGAAGAGUUCGAGCAGGAGCAGGAUGAGCGAAGGCGCCGCGCUGCGCUAGAUAAAGAAUUCAAGAGCUUCGCCGAGAAGAUCUCAGAUGCUGCCAGAGGCGAAGGCGUCGCUGUCGACGUGCCGUUCCGCGAACUCGGGUUCAACGGUGUUCCCUCGCGAUCCUCGGUGCUCAUCCAACCCACAACCGACUGCUUAGUCCAACUCACCGAGCCACCCUUCCUUUGCCUUACCCUCAGCGAACUCGAAGUUGUACAUCUCGAGCGAGUACAGUUUGGGCUCCGGAACUUUGACAUGGUGCUCGUGUUCAGAGACUACAACCGCACACCUGCGCACAUCAACACCAUCCCCGUCGAGAACCUCGAGGCCGUCAAGGACUGGCUCGACAGCGUCGAGCUCCCGUUCUCCGAGGGUCCGCUCAACCUCAACUGGGCGCAGAUCAUGAAGACCGUUGUACAGGAUCCGCAUACUUUCUUCGUCGACGGUGGAUGGAGUUUCCUCGGAGACGAGUCGGACGAUGAGGCUGGCGAGGAGAGCGAGGAGGAAAGCGCGUUCGAGAUGGAGAGCGAGCUCGAGGGCUCGGACGAGAGCUCUGAGGACGGCAGCGACUUUGACGAAAACGCGUCGGCCGAGGCGAGCGAUGAGGCGAGUGACGAUGAUGAGGAGAGCGGAGGCGAGGACUGGGAUGUGAUGGAAAAGAAGGCGAAGAAGAAGGAUAGGGAGGCUGGUCUUUCGGACGAAGAAGACAAUAGCAGGAGGAGGAAGCGGUAAAUUUGAUCUCUGUGGGCAGGGCAGGGUUGGGUAUGGAGGAUACCCUUUUUCUUUGCGUGCUAUUAGUGGGUUGGCAUGGAGCUUGAUAGGUUUGCUUUUUGCGUUUUGCGAUUUCGCCCGGGAAGGAAGGGUGGAGAGACGGAUUUGUUUUCCUAGCUGUUAUUUUGCGGCCGCUGGGUGGCAACUAGGAUCCCUUCUAAAAAAAACCGGCUUCCUGACGUUAAAAUGAAACUCACGAGGAAUAAAACGGUGUGAGCUAUUUGUAGCAUCUUGACAGAUCUUGACAGAUCGUGAAGUGGUAAAAAUCCAAUUUCAACCCCUCUC